AGGGGAACCAACCGCUCCUCAACGGUUAUAUGGAACGCACUGCGGUCCCUAACGUUCUAAGUUCUAAGAAGGAUAAGUACUUCUUAGAGGCUGUAGUGAACAAAGGGGGGGAAUAUGAGCUACCAGUCCAUCGGUAGUAGUACUCGUCAUAUCGGCGCUGAACGGAGUGUUUUUGGGGCGUGUUAUAAGUGUAAACAGGCCUGGUAUUGACCACCGAUAGUAAACUGAACUUUUCAGAGACCCUAAAGUUGUCAGGCAGCGCAGCAUCUAUCACGCAUGCGCACCCUUCUUUAUCCAGCUCUAAAGCGAAAUAAAGAGUUAAAACCAGAAACGAGAUUGUCCUUUAAGCUGCAUCCAGUCCCGAUGCUACACGGCUAGCCCGGCUCUAGCAGCCUCUCUCAGGCUCAGUGCAGAUGAACGGGGAGUGGAGCUAGCUCGCCUGGUAGCUUCAUGUCAGCGCUAGCUAUAGCAACCUGGGGCUGACACAUUCCGUGACAAGAGCGAGGGGGAAAGUGAAGAAAAUACCUCGAGUGGCGGAAAACACAAAGUUGGGGAUAUCAGAGGAGUGGGAAUGACCGACACUCCGCCCAGUGAUGGCCCCUCCCAGGGAGCUGAGUUUGAUAUGAUGGGUGCGCUGGAUUGGAAGGAUGGUAUAGCCACGCUGCCGGGCAGUGACAUCAGGUUUCGCAUGACAGAGUUUGGGACUCUUGAGAUCGUCACAGACCUAGAGGUCAAAGGGCAGAAGAAAGAGCCGAAACGCCAGACCUUGGACCCAGCACAGUCUCACACUCCCACCCCUCCACCAGAGGGCCAACCACAGACUGGCACUGCCACAGCUCCAGCCAAACAGAGUCAGCCAGGAUCGUCUCAAGCUAAAGCCCCCGGUCCUGUGCUUCUGUCUUUAGAGGAGGGCCCCAGUAUGGAGGGCCCCAGUGUGGAGGUUGGUCCCAGUGUUGAGGUUGGCUCUAGCGCAGACACGGGCCCCAAUGGGGAGCUGUCAAGGUGCCGGGCCUGUGGUGGCCGUGUUCCCCGGGACGCCCUCCUUCAGGGCAAAUUCUGUAGCUCCAUUUGUGCCCAGCCCUCCAGCGGCAGCAAAAUCGUUCUUUUCUACAGAUCGUCUCCAGGGGAAGCAAGGGAGAGUCAAGCAAUUGAGGGUGAGAGGCUGGGUAAACGUGUGCGCAAAAAGAGGAAGAUCUAUAUGGAUUCUGGUGAUGAAGAGGAAGACAAUCAAGAGGAACCAGAGGAAAAGGCCAAGACUACCAAAGGACGAAGAGGUGCCAAAAUUGCUAAACUGGUGACUGCCCCCGCCAAUAAGAAACGGGCAUGGAGCUGGCCUGCUUACUUGGAAGAGGAGAAGGCCAUCGCUGCUCCUGUUAAACUAUUCAAAGAGCACCAGUCGCUUCCUCAAAGCAGGAACAGUUUUAAGGUGGGAAUGAAGCUGGAGGGGCUGGACCCGUCUCACCCGUCUCUGUUCUGUGUUCUCUCUGUUGCAGAGAUACAAGGCUACAGGGUAAGGCUCCACUUUGAUGGUUACCCAGAAUGCUACGACUUCUGGGCCAAUGCCGACUCGUGGGAUAUGAAGCCAGCAGGCUGGUGUGAGAAGAAUGGGCAUAAGUUAUUGUUGCCUAAAGGUUGUAAGGAUGGAGAGUUUAAUUGGAGCAUGUACGUGAAGAACUGUAGAGGUCAGCUGGCCCCAAAACACCUUUUCAAGAGCCUCAACACAUCUGUGACGCCGUCUGGAUUUAGAGCAGGGAUGAAGCUGGAGGCGAUCGACAGGAAGAACCCAUCGUUGAUCUGCGUAGCAACCAUUGCUGCUGUUGUUGACAACCGACUGCUCAUUCAUUUCGACAACUGGGAUGACACAUAUGAUUAUUGGUGUGACGCUAGCAGUCCAUACAUCCAUCCUGUGGGAUAUUGUGAAGAGGCUGAGCUAACUCUGACCACGCCAGCUGGUAAGACACAGACCAAGACACACAUGGAAUAUAAACAACCCAAGAGUUUCUCAUGGGAGAAAUACCUGGAAGAGACGGGCACACAGGCUGCUCCUGCUCGGGCUUUCAAACCACGACCUCCACAUGGCUUCCAGUUUGGGAUGAAAGUGGAAGCUGUGGAUAAGAGGAACCCCAUGCUCAUCCGUGUUGCAACCAUAGUGGACACAGAGGACCACCGACUAAAGAUUCAUUUUGAUGGCUGGAGCUCAGAGUAUGACUAUUGGGUGGAGACAGACUGCCCUGAUCUACACCCUGUAGGGUGGUGUCAGAAAACCGGACACCCACUACAAUACCCAAACGGCUCCAGUGAUUUAGUGACUGCCCCAGGACAAGGAUGUCCUACCCCAGGAUGCAACGGUGUUGGCCACAUUAGAGGACCUCGCUAUGGGACCCACUACACUCAGGUGAGCUGUCCCUACUCGGAGUUGAAUCUGAACAAGGAGGGCUUGCUGCCAGACCGCCUCAGUGGAGAACGACCCCUCGCCCUCAGUGGACCUCAUCCACGCGGGCGACGCCCGGAUCCUAACACGAACACGAACACCACGACACAGACCUCCUCGACGCCAGACCAGCCGGAAGGAGCUGAAGACUCUCAGAACAGGAAACCGGUGACAGUGGAAGCUGAGCGUGUAGGACGCAACACUCAGCCGGAGCCACCGGGUGGAGCCAGCGAGCAGAGCCACAAUGGAACAAGGCCUAAACGGACUGCUCCAGUUCCCAAAUACCUGAAAAUGCACUACGUUAAAGAGGAGAUUGGCGAAAGUAAAGCCUCUCCAGACGCCAUCUCUCUCCAGCAGGCCCUCCACGAGUCCGUGUUCUCCCCCGGCAUCUCGGCCUCUCCGCCCCACCGGGUGGCUCUCUGCUGGGACAAACACUGCCAGCUGCUGCCUGAGGUCCUGGGGCUGACUGCCAAGAGAGUGGCCACUUGGAGCGCUGAGGAGGUGGCCACUUUUGUCAAAGGACUCCCAGGAUGUAAAGAACAUGCUGCUACAUUUAAAACAGAGCAAAUAGAUGGCGAGGCCUUCCUACUGCUCACCCAAGCGGACAUCGUCAAGAUCCUGUCCAUCAAGUUAGGACCCGCCCUGAAGAUCUACAACUCCAUCCUCAUGUUGAAGAACGCAGAUGAAGAGUAAGAUCCGACUCUUAAGACUGACGAGGAAUCACUCCCUCCUAACCGGCCCCUCUGCUCCGGUUUCAUCAACACUCAGCUAUAAGACAUUUUGAUAAAAUCAGUGUCGAGCUCCUGCAUUGCGAGAGAAACAAGUGGAAGCCAUCAUCUCAGAAAAACGUCCAUCCGUCUCCCCUCUCCCUCCUCUCUCUAUGAUGGAUCGUACUGAUCAACCGGAGGGAGAGUUCCACAUGAGGAUUCCUCGACUAAUAUCGUGUUUGUUUACUGAAUCAUUUAAAAAAAAAAAAAGCUACAGGCACCUUCAAUGCUUCUUAACAUUGUACAGUUUAUGACUUGGAUCUAGUGUCACCAUUCUGUUGAAUUUCCCGUUUUAUUUGAACUGUAACGGUGCUUGAGCUCAGAGCAGACGGAACAAGAGUGUUUGUGCUAUGUUGCAUUUUACUUGCCAACAGAUAAUUUUUUUUGUUUUUAAAACAAGCUGCAAAAUACAAUCGUGAGGUGGCGAGAGGUUUUUAAAAUGUGAAACCCAGUGGAGCAGAAGCACUAUGUAGUUCAGCCGUUCUCCUCUAGAUGGAGAACGAGGGCCGCUCCACAGGCCCGAAGGCAAAAGAGAGUUUGAUUAAAUUGGAGUUGGCUGAAGCUUAGAUUGAAUGGGGGAUGGUAAAGACUUUGUGUGUGUUGUGUGUGCAAGUGUGACUAAGAGUGUUUGAGAAAUGAGGAUGUAAUUUCCCACCAGCCCGUGUGUGUUGCUUUUCUGGAUCAGAGGGUUGUUUUGUGAUGUGCAGGGCUAAGGGCUACAUGUUAAAUCAAGCGGUCUUUUAAGGUGGAACGAGAAAACAAACCAGCUUUGUAUCUGCUUUUUUUUUGUUUUCGGGAAUGGCACAUGAAUAUGAAUGUUUAAAAAAAAAAAACAGCUUUUAGUUGUUUUGUUGAUAUUAUCUUGUUUGGUUCAUUCACAUUGUAAAUAGUAUACAGCUACAAAAAGGACUGUCCUCGCUCCUGCUCGGUUAUGCAAAGGCUUGAACAUCUGUCCACAGGGAUUGUGACAGUGGACUGAUGAAUACGAGCCUCGAUUCAUACAAAGAUUUUGAGAAAAAAAAAGAAAACAAACCUUGUCAGUGUCUUUGUAAAUCAGCGUGUACUUCAGCAAGUUGGAAUGUGUACAUCGGCAACUGUUUAUAUGCAAACGGCUUUUAUUUAUGUAUUCUAAUUUAAAGGGUAAUGGUACGCUGUUUUUGGCUCCGAGGUAAGCUGUGGCUGUUUGAUGGAAAGUGUGUGAAUGGGUGAAAAUAAAUGAGAUGCACACUG